AGUCAAUGAGUUACACAGAUCAUCAAGACAUAAGUCAUCUGGAAUUUUUUAUCCUUCCUAAUGACCUCAUAAAUACACCAAAGAAGAUCGCAAGAUUCAAAUCAGUCACCCUAAACCGCGCCACUCCGUGCGAUCCAAUUCCCUCCAAUUCCGCUAGUCUAAAUUCGACAGCGUAUCACAUGGUUCAAUAUGGCGGUUUCCGAUCAUAACAGUGGGUGAGAGAGACUGAUCGUGGGUUCAAUUGCGGAUUAUUGUGUGGAUUAUUUGCGGAUUUUUAAUUGAUAAUGGCACUCGACGGGGAGAGAGUUUGUUUCAACACUCCGGCCGGGUUUUGUUCGGACUGUGGGUCGAUCCUGCCACUCCUUGGAGACACAGGAGCUGUGAAAUGUUACGCGUGUGGAAGAAGUUGGGGACCUGAGGUUUUUGGAGAUAUGGCUAUGACUUACAUACUCCCAAUGACUGAUCUCAACGCCUAUGAGGACACAAUGGUGAAAAAGGAGAAAGAUAAGGAGGAAGAGGCUGAGGGCCCAGUGGUCGAUAGAAAGUGCUCUCAAUGUGGUAACGAUAAAAUGAGUUACGCCACUCUUCAACUGAGAUCAGCUGAUGAAGGCCAGACGGUGUUCUACACCUGUACCAAGUGCAAAUUCAAAGAAACGGAAAAUUCUUGAAGCUGCUCAGUCGCCAGGAAUGUCGUUCCUCUAAAGUUUUAUAAAUUGUUAAGGUUGAUAAUGAAUAAAAAAACAUUUUUUUAAUAAAA